GUCCUGGCUGCCUGGAUCUGCUCUCAGCAUGAAGAAACUUCUGGUGGGAUUCCUGCUUGGCCUGGCAUUCGUGGAGUUGGCCCAGUCCCUGCGAUGUUAUGUGUGCAAGGAGCCCACAGACAUUUCCAAGUGCAGGACACCCGUCACGUGUUCCCCAAAAGCCACUGUGUGCACCACGACGCUGCACUCCAUGGAGACAGGUUAUCCCUUUUUUGGCAACAUCACCGUGACCAGGAACUGUGAGGAGGAAUGCAUCUCCUAUGACGGGAUAGGGGACCAAAAGCCAAAAUCCUGCUGCUACACCGACCUGUGCACGGAUGACACCAAGAGCAGCAGUGGGGUGAGGAGCAGCUCUGCAGCGCUGGGUCUGCUGGCCCUGGUGGCUGGCACGGUCCUCCAGUGCUCCCUGUGA